AUGCUACACUUGUUAUCUGUACUAGUACAAAAGGAUGAUAUUACCGCACUAGCCCAGUUUUAUGAUCCACCACUCAGAAGUUUCCUCUUUAUUGAUUUCCAAUUGGCUACGACUUUAAAGAAAUUCGGGAAAAUAUUGGACUCUCCUAAACAGAAGAAAGGACCUUAUAGGGGACUGGGUCAAAUCCCAAAACCCAAGGAGCUAGCAGAAGUAUUGGAUAUUCCAGUUGAAGAUCUAACCCCUGACAUCAAAAUUUGGGGAAAGGUACAAGGAAUUCCUCAAGAAUACUUGGAGAAGACUGCUCAAAUCUUCGCCAAGGCCCAGAAGUGGGAAGCCCAUAACACUAAUAUGGCAUUACUCAUUCUUGGAUUAGUGUUAUUUCCUAAUGUGGAAAAGCUGGUGGAUGUAGCAGCUAUUAGUGUGUUUUGGGUCGUUAAGGUUAAGAACGAAGAUCUAGUGUCGGCACUUCUGGAAGAUGUUUAUCACACCUUGCACUUACGCUUCGAAAAGAAGGGGGGAUUGAUGUUGUGUUGCAUACCGCUCCUUUACCAAUGGUUUGUCUCUCAUGUGUUCAAAGAUUCUGAUAUGGUUGAGAGGAUUGAUGGAUAUGAGUGGUCUCAAAAGUUGGUAGGACUCACAGAAAAUUCCAUUAUUUGGUAUCCUCAUGGUUUGAACGUGCGAGAUGCAAUUACUAGUUGUGGAGACUUUCCGAAUGUACCAUUAAUAGGGUCAAAGGGUUGCAUUAACUAUAAUCCAGUUUUAGCGGUGAGGCAAUUGGGUUAUCUUAUCACAUACAAGCCAGAUGACCAGUUGUUGGAAGGUUUUGUGUUUCAUGAUAUGGAAGACCCCAUUAUGCUGAGGAGGGUUGUCCAAGCCUGGGAAAAAGUUCGUUUUAAGGGACAAGACAAAGGAAAGGGCGUUAUAGGAGAUAGAGAACCUUAUUACCAGUGGGUCACAAAGAGAAGUCAAGAGGCUACUAUAGCGAAACUCGGGCGAGAAAAUGAAGAGUUACAAAUCAGCCUCCAACAAGUUUCAAAUGAAAGAAAUGAGAUGAAGUGGGAACUGGAGCCGAAAAAGGCUCAACUAGAGGCAACUGAGGAAAAGGUUGAUAAAGAAGAGCACAAGAGAAAUAAGGUGAAAGUGGGCAUAGAACAAGCUGACCUCUUCUUAGAAACUAUCAAAGAGCAGUUGAAACAAGUUGAGAAAGAAUGCCAAAAGAAUAAGCGAUGGUGGUUACGAGCAACAGAAGAAAAGAAAGAAGUUAGAGAGGCAUUAGAGGCUAAGAUACAUGAUCUUACUAUCUCUCUUAACAAUGCUGAAACCCACGCGGAGCACGUGCGCCGACUCAAGGAAAGAGCCCAUUUAUGCUUGAUCAUAUAUGGAAAUUGUUCAAGAAACUAA